GGGCCACCAUCCCAGGCCCGCCGCGGCGGAGCCGAGCGGGGCGGCGGGUCUGGGGUACCGAGCGGAUCCGCGCUGGCAGCGCCGGCAGCGUGCCYCGACCGGGCCGAGAGGGAGAACUUUCUCCCUCCUCCGGCCGCUGCGUCGCCCUCGGCUUCCGAGGGGAGUCCAAUGGAUCCAAUGGUGAUGAAGAGGCCCCAGUUGUAUGGGAUGAGCAGCAACCCUCAUUCCCAGGCGCAGCAGAGCAGCCCGUACCCAGGAGGCUCCUACGGUCCCCCCGGCGCACAGCGGUACCCCCUUGGCAUGCAGGGCCGGGCCCCAGGGGCCCUGGGAGCCCUGCAGUACCCACAGCAGCAGAUGCCACCUCAGUAUGGACAGCAAGGUGUGAGUGGCUACUGCCAACAAGGCCAACAGCCAUAUUACAACCAGCAGCCCCAGCCCCCGCAUCUCCCGCCCCAGGCGCAGUAUUUGCCAUCCCAGUCCCAGCAGAGGUACCAGCCGCAGCAGGACAUGUCUCAGGAAGGCUACGGAACUAGAUCUCAACCUCCUCUGGCCCCAGGAAAGCCGAAUCAUGAAGACUUGAAUUUAAUACAGCAAGAAAGACCAUCAAGUUUACCAGACCUGUCUGGCUCCAUUGAUGACCUCCCCACGGGAACGGAAGCAACCCUGAGCUCCGCGGUCAGCGCGUCGGGGUCCACAAGCAGCCAGGGCGACCAGAGCAACCCAGCUCAGUCACCUUUCUCUCCACAUGCAUCUCCCCAUCUCUCCAGCAUCCCUGGGGGGCCAUCACCUUCUCCUGUUGGCUCUCCUGUAGGAAGCAACCAGUCGAGAUCUGGCCCAAUUUCUCCUGCAAGUAUUCCAGGCAGUCAGAUGCCUCCUCAGCCACCUGGGAGCCAGUCAGAAUCCAGUUCCCAUCCUGCCUUGAGCCAGUCACCAAUGCCACAGGAAAGAGGUUUUAUGGCAGGCACACAAAGAAACCCUCAGAUGUCUCAGUACGGACCUCAGCAGACAGGACCGUCCAUGUCGCCUCAUCCUUCUCCUGGGGGCCAGGUGCACCCUGGAAUCAGUAGCUUUCAGCAGAGCAACUCGAGUGGGACUUACGGCCCGCAGAUGAGCCAGUAUGGACCCCAAGGUAACUACUCCAGACCCCCAACGUAUAGUGGGGUGCCCAGUGCAAGCUACAGUGGCCCAGGGCCCGGUAUGGGCAUCAGUGCCAACAACCAGAUGCAUGGACAAGGGCCAAGCCAGCAAUGUGGUGCUAUGCCCCUGGGACGGAUGCCGGCAGCUGGGAUGCAGAACAGACCAUUUCCUGGAAACAUGAGCAGUGUGACCCCCGGCUCUCCUGGCAUGUCUCAGCAGGGCGGGCCAGGCAUGGGGCCGCCAAUGCCCACCGUGAACCGGAAGGCACAGGAAGCCGCUGCAGCCGUGAUGCAGGCUGCUGCCAACUCAGCACAAAGCAGGCAAGGMAGCUUUCCUGGCAUGAACCAGAGUGGACUUGUGGCUUCCAGCUCUCCCUACAGCCAACCCAUGAACAACAGCUCUGGCCUGAUGAACACACAGGCACCGCCUUACAGCAUGACGCCCACCAUGGUGAACAGCGCCACAGCAUCUAUGGGUCUUGCAGAUAUGAUGUCUCCCGGUGAAUCCAAACUGCCCGUGCCUCUCAAAGCAGAUGGCAAAGAAGAAGGCACUCCACAGCCCGAGAGCAAGUCGAAGGAUAGCUACAGCUCUCAGGGUAUUUCUCAGCCCCCAACCCCCGGCAACCUGCCAGUCCCUUCCCCAAUGUCCCCCAGCUCUGCUAGCAUCUCCUCCUUUCAUGGAGAUGAGAGCGAUAGCAUUAGCAGCCCAGGCUGGCCAAAGACUCCAUCAAGCCCUAAGUCCAGUUCAUCCACCACCACUGGGGAGAAGAUCACAAAGGUCUACGAGCUGGGGAACGAGCCAGAGAGGAAGCUGUGGGUAGACCGGUAUCUGACGUUCAUGGAAGAGAGGGGCUCCCCGGUCUCCAGUCUGCCUGCAGUGGGCAAGAAGCCCCUGGACCUCUUCCGGCUCUAUGUCUGUGUCAAAGAGAUUGGAGGUUUGGCCCAGGUUAAUAAAAACAAGAAGUGGCGUGAGCUGGCAACCAACCUAAAUGUUGGCACUUCAAGCAGUGCAGCGAGCUCCCUGAAAAAGCAGUAUAUCCAGUACCUGUUUGCUUUCGAGUGCAAGAUCGAGCGAGGGGAGGAGCCCCCACCUGAAGUCUUCAGCACCGGGGACACAAAGAAGCAGCCCAAACUCCAGCCGCCAUCUCCUGCUAACUCAGGAUCUUUGCAAGGCCCACAGACCCCCCAGUCAACUGGCAGCAAUUCCAUGGCAGAGGUUCCAGGCGACCUGAAGCCACCCACCCCAGCCUCCACUCCUCAUGGACAGAUGACCCCAAUGCAAGGCGGAAGAAGCAGUACAAUCAGUGUGCACGACCCUUUCUCCGACGUGAGUGAUUCAUCAUUCCCAAAACGGAACUCCAUGACUCCAAACGCCCCAUACCAGCAGGGCAUGAGCAUGCCAGACAUGAUGGGCAGAAUGCCCUAUGAACCCAACAAGGACCCCUUUGGUGGAAUGAGAAAAGUGCCUGGAAGUAGCGAGCCCUUUAUGACGCAAGGCCAGAUGCCCAACAGCAGCAUGCAGGACGUGUACAGCCAGAGUCCCGCAGGGGCCGUGUCCAACCUGAGCAUGGGUCAGCGGCAGCAGUUUCCCUAUGGGGCCAGUUAUGACCGGAGGCAUGAACCUUAUGGGCAGCAGUAUCCAGGCCAAGGUCCUCCGGCAGGACAGCCGCCAUAUGGAGGACACCAGCCUGGCCUGUAUCCCCAGCAGCCGAAUUAUAAACGCCACAUGGAUGGCAUGUACGGGCCUCCAGCCAAGCGCCACGAGGGAGACAUGUAUAACAUGCAGUAUGGCAACCAGCAGCAAGAGAUGUACAACCAGUAUGGAAGUUCUUACUCUGGCCCRGACCGGAGGCCCCUUCAGGGCCAGUAUCCAUACCCCUACAACAGAGAGAGAAUGCAGGGCCCAGGCCAGAUGCAGCCCCACGGAAUCCCGCCUCAGAUGCUGGGCGGCCCCAUGCAGGCAUCCUCCGGUGAAGGGCCUCAGCAGAACAUGUGGGCAGCGCGUAACGAUAUGCCUUACCCCUACCCAAACAGGCAGGGCCCGGGCGGCCCUGCACAGGCUCCCCCUUAUCCAGGCAUGAGCCGCACGGAUGACUUGAUGGUACCUGAUCAGAGGAUAAAUCACGAGAGCCAGUGGCCUUCUCACGUCAGCCAACGCCAGCCUUAUAUGUCAUCUUCGGCCUCCAUGCAGCCCAUCACGCGCCCACCUCAGUCAUCCUACCAGACACCACCGUCACUGCCAAACCAUAUCUCCAGGGCGCCCAGCCCGGCGUCCUUCCAGCGCUCCCUGGAGAAUCGCAUGUCUCCAAGCAAGUCUCCCUUUCUGCCCACCAUGAAGAUGCAGAAGGUCAUGCCCACAGUCCCCACGUCCCAGGUCACUGGGCCACCCCCCCAGCCACCCCCAAUCAGAAGGGAGAUCACCUUUCCUCCUGGCUCAGUGGAAGCAUCACAACCAGUCCUGAAGCAAAGGCGAAAGAUUACCUCAAAAGAUAUUGUUACCCCUGAGGCAUGGCGUGUGAUGAUGUCCCUUAAAUCAGGGCUUUUGGCUGAAAGUACUUGGGCUCUGGACACUAUCAACAUCCUUCUCUAUGAUGACAGCACGGUUGCUACUUUCAAUCUCUCCCAGUUGUCUGGAUUUCUUGAACUUUUAGUAGAAUACUUUAGAAAAUGCCUGAUUGACAUUUUUGGAAUUCUCAUGGAGUAUGAAGUGGGAGACCCCAGCCAGAAAGCACUCGGUCACAGUGCAGUGAAGGGAGAGGACAGCCAGUCCCUGGCAGAAGAUUCUGGGAAAGAGGAGGAAGACACUGAGGGUCUCGAGGAGGAGGAGGACGAGGAGGAAGAGGAGGAAGACAUGGAAAAGGUGGAGUCGGAGGCAAAGAGCAGUGCCACCCUCGGUGCCCCAGACACCACUACAGUCCCCAAAGAGAAGCCCAGACAGGCCAGUAAGUUUGACAAGCUGCCCAUAAAGAUUGUCAAGAAGAACCACCUGUUUGUGGUGGACCGCUCUGACCGGCUGGGCCGCGUGCAGGAGUUCAGCAGCGGGCUUCUGCACUGGCAGCUGGGGGGCGGUGACACCACGGAGCACAUCCAGACCCACUUUGAGAGUAAGAUGGAGAUUCCUCCUCGCAGGCGCCCACCUCCCCCUUUAAGCUCCACAGGUAGAAAGAAAGAGCCAGAAGGCAAAGGUGAUUCUGAAGAGCAGCCAGAGAAAAGCAUCAUAGCCACCAUCGAUGAUGUCCUGUCUGCUCGGCCGGGGGCCUUGCCCGAAGAAGCAAACCCUGGACCCCAGACCGAAAGCAGCAAGUUUCCCUUUGGUAUACAGCAGGCCAAAAGCCACCGGAACAUCAGGCUGCUGGAAGACGAGCCCAGGAGCCGGGACGAGACCCCACUGUGCACCAUCGCACACUGGCAAGACUCGCUGGCCAGGCGCUGCAUCUGCGUGUCCAACAUCGUGCGCAGCUUGUCUUUCGUGCCUGGCAACGACGCUGAGAUGUCCAAACAUCCGGGCUUGGUGCUGAUCCUGGGGAAGCUGAUUCUUCUUCACCACGAGCAUCCAGAGAGAAAACGAGCGCCGCAGACCUACGAGAAGGAGGAGGACGAGGACAAGGGGGUGGCCUGCAGCAAAGAUGAGUGGUGGUGGGACUGCCUGGAGGUCUUGCGGGACAACACACUGGUCACAUUGGCCAACAUCUCGGGGCAGCUAGACUUGUCCGCUUACACGGAAAGCAUCUGCUUGCCGAUCCUGGAUGGCUUGCUGCACUGGAUGGUGUGCCCAUCAGCAGAGGCGCAAGACCCCUUUCCCACAGUGGGACCCAACUCAGUCCUGUCGCCUCAAAGACUUGUGCUGGAGACCCUCUGUAAGCUCAGCAUCCAGGACAAUAACGUGGACCUCAUCUUGGCCACCCCUCCAUUUAGUCGUCAGGAGAAAUUCUAUGCUACGUUAGUUAGGUACGUUGGGGAUCGCAAAAACCCAGUCUGUCGAGAAAUGUCCAUGGCGCUUUUAUCGAACCUUGCCCAGGGGGAUGCGCUAGCAGCAAGGGCAAUAGCUGUGCAGAAGGGAAGCAUUGGGAACUUGAUAAGCUUCCUGGAGGACGGGGUCACGAUGGCGCAGUACCAGCAGAGCCAGCAUAACCUCAUACACAUGCAGCCCCCGCCUCUGGAACCACCUAGCGUAGACAUGAUGUGCAGGGCGGCCAAGGCUUUACUGGCCAUGGCCAGAGUGGACGAGAACCGCUCGGAAUUCCUUUUGCACGAGGGUCGGUUGCUGGAUAUCUCCAUAUCAGCUGUCCUGAACUCUCUGGUUGCUUCUGUCAUCUGUGAUGUACUAUUUCAGAUUGGGCAGUUAUGACAUAGUGAGAAGGCAAGCAUGUGUGAGUGAAGAUUAGCGCGUCACAUAUAACUGGCUGUUUUCUGUUCUUGUUUAUCCAGCGUAGGAAGAAGGAAAAGAAAAUCUUUGCUCCUCUGCCCCAUUCACUAUUUACCAAUUGGGAAUUAAAUAAUUAAUUUGAACAGUUAUAAAAUUAAUAUUUGCUGUCUGUGUGUAUAAGUACAUCCUUUGGGGUUUUUUAUUUCUUUUUUUUUUAACCAAAGUUGCUGUCUAGUGCAUUCAAAGGUCACAUUUUGUUUUUCACAGAUUCUCUCUUUAAUGUUCUUUUUUCCAUGUUGUAUUGCAUUUUGGGGGAAGCAAAUUGACUUUAAAGAAAAAGGUUUUGGCAAAAGAUGCUAAGAUGGGAAAAUUUCACCACACUGAGUCAAAAAGGUGAAAAAUUAUUAGUUUCCUAUGUAUUUUAUUCUUCAGAGAAUGUUAAAAAAAAAAAAAAGUUGCAUCCCAUCACCCAAAGCUCUGUGCAAUAGAAACUUCUAGAGAUAUAGGUAGAGGGGCUCAAGGAGGUGUGUCAGUCAGUAGUCAGAACUAUGAAUGAUACUGGUUUCUCCACAGGAAGGUGGUUACAUUAGGCUAGGAGCAAAAACAAUGUCUUUUAAGUUAGAAUUGAAAAUACAUACCUGAUAGCGAUCAAUGAAAAUUGCUUCCUCACCACUACCGCCAUGUCUGCUGUCUGUCGUUUGGCCCCCCACAUGACAGUUCUUCACAAUUCCUUUAAUCAUUUUUUAAAUAUUUUUUUUUACUGCCUAUGGGCUGUGAUGUAUAUAGAAGUUGUACAUUAAACAUACCCUCACUUUUUUUUCUUUUUUUUUUUUUUUUGUUUUUUUAGUACAAAGUUUUUAGUUUCUUUUUCAUGAUGUGGUAACUACGAAGUGAUGGUAGAUUUAAAUAAUUUUUUAUUUUUAUUUUAUAUAUUUUUUCAUUAGGGCCAUAUCUCCAAAAAUAAAAAAGAAACAAAAAACACAAAAAACAAAAACAAACAAAAAAAAAAACAAAAAAAAAAGAGGGUAAUGUACAAGUUUCUGUAUGUAUAAAGCCAUGCUCUGUUUCGAGAGAGCAGCUGAUCACAAUUUGCUUCAUAAAUCAAGGUGUGGAAAUGGUUGCAUAUGGAUUGAUUUAGAAAUGGUUACCAGUACAGACAAAAGAAAAAAUACAACUAAAAGGAAGAAACACAACUUCAAAGAUUUUUCAGUGACGAGAAUCCACAUUUGUAUUUCAAGAUAAUGUAGUUAAAAAAAAAAAAAAGAAAAAAACUUGA